AAUGAUUUUAAAUGCACCUGUGUUCCUGUUAUUGUGUAGGUGGUUUUCCUGUAAAAAGAAAAAUAUGAUUAUUAUUCUUAUCAUUACGUUUCUGUGUUGAAUGUACAAAGCAAGUUUCUUUAGAUCCGUGGUGAGCACGCGCAUGAGCGAGUGUGGGAGGUUGAGGAGAUGUAGCGUAGUGUAGUUGUGGUACUCUAUACGACUUCAUUUCCCAGAUUGCACCGCGCCCCAUGAUGUUCCCAACAGCUGACAGACGGUGAAGCCUCUGCCGGAGCUGUCGGUGGAGUAUCCUCUCGUCGGUAGAUUGAACGGACUGAAAAUUGAAGUGGACUGUAACCGGACGGGACCGUCCUCUGUCUCGUUGUGUCACAGUUUGAUCCUGACUCGUGCAGAUCGGCGCUGGGGACAUUUGGUGUCGGCUAACUUCCACAAUAGGUCUCUGCGUCGCUGGACGGCUGCAUGGGUUGUAUUUGAGCCUAGCCGUUCGACUCCAGCCCUUCCCUCCGUGCCCGAUGCUGAGGAAUGGAUAGGGUGUCUGUGAAAGGUGGGAAGAUGGUCGAGAGUGAUGAUCAGCCGGAGAGGGGUGGCGGUGGCGCAGCGAUGGCCGCACUACAUCAAUGCGAACUCAUCCAGAAUAUGAUUGAUAUCUCCAUCUCCAGUUUACAGGGGCUCCGGACCAAAUGCGCCGCGUCCAACGACCUCACACAGCAAGAGAUCCGCACUUUAGAGGUGAAGCUGAUGAAAUACAUCUGUAAACAGCUGCAGUGCAAGCAGAAAGUGCCAGAGACGGAGAGGCCCGAGGCCCUGGACAGCUACCCACACCUACGAGACUGGCUGCGCACCAUCAACCUGCGGCCAGAGCUCAUCCAGGCAGUGGAAGCCAAGCUGUCCCUGGACGCCUUACUGCAGAUGACAGGUGCUCAGGUGAGGGAGACCAUGCGAAGGCUGGGGUCCAGCUCAGAAGAAUGUGCCAGACUCAGUGCUGCCCUCUCCUGUCUGAAGAGUGCCACUGAAUCAGGAGGGGAGCUGAGGGAGGACGGGGGUCCGUGGUUGUCCGAGCCCACCAGGAGGGACAGCGGCUCUCUACUGACUGCAGACCAGCUGACCGGCCUGGGGACUCCGCUCCGUCCUCACAGCCCCUCGCCUCUCGCUCGCCCAUCCACCAUCCAGUCCACCCCAUCCACACCCUGCGCCAGCUUCCCUCACCCCCGCUCAGGCUCGGUGUCAGCGGCACCCACACCCGAGGCGCUGGCCUCACACCUCCACGGUGAAAGCCCCCUCACCGAUCCAUUCCCCAUGUCCUUAGCUCACGCAGCUCGGCUCCAUGGACACACGUGCACCCCACCCAUAACUCCACCUUCAAAGAGACGUCACCGACUGAAGCCGCCCUGCACCCCUCCACCUCCCUCCCGCAAAGUGCUGCAUCUACUUCCCAACAUCACCCUGACGCGCAGCAAGAGCCACGAGUCCCAGCUGGGCAACCGCAUCGAAGACCCCCCAACCAACAAAUGUGUUAGAAAGAAUAAGUUGUUCCUGAAUAUGCAAGUUAACGGGAAUGGAUGUGAGGACUUGUCUUCUCGCUACCCCACCAUGUCUGCACGGACCCCCGGAGUCACCCCAGCUGCCACCACAGCACCUUACACCCUGCCUGGCACGCCCACCCUCCUGGAGGAGCACAGCACCAUUAAGAAUAACGUAGCAGUGCAUCGCAGCUCCCCACAGGCAGUGAGGAGGGACAUAGGCCUAGCGGUCACACACAGGUUCUCGACCAAGUCCUGGCUGUCCCAGACGUGUCAGGUGUGUCAGAAGAACAUGAUGUUUGGGGUUAAGUGCAAACACUGUCGGUUAAAGUGCCACAACAAAUGCACCAAGGAAGCUCCAUCCUGCAGAAUCUCCUUUCUACCAAUUGCCAAAAUUCGGAGGACUGAGUCAGUUCCGUCUGAUAUUAACAACCCAGUGGACCGGCCGCCAGAAGCACCGCAGUUUGGCACACUACCAAAGGCCAUUACUAAAAAGGACCAUCCUCCAGUGCUAAACCAGCUGGACUCCAGCAGCAAUCCGUCCUCCACCACUUCAUCCACACCUUCCUCCCCAGCACCCUUCCAGCAGAGCAACCCCCCCAGCGCCACACCACCACCCAACCCCUCCCCCAAAGGUCAUCGGGACAGUCGCUUCAACUUCCCUGCUGCCUGUUACUUUCAGCAUAGACAGCAGUUUAUCUUCCCUGAUGUUUCCAGUUCUGCUAAUUUGCACUCUGACGUCCUCCAAGACACUGUCAGUGAGAUCGAGCAAUCAGCCGAUGACAUCCACGCUGAGCUGGUAGAGGAUGAAGAUGAAGAGGAAGGGGAGGAGGAAAUUGAUGUCGAAGAUGAAGACCCAGAAGCAGAGGAGGAGAAUGAUGAAGAGGAGGAGGAGAACGAGGACGAAGGGGAGGACGAGGAUGAUGGGGAGGAGAUUAGGAUGAACAUGGGUUCGGACGGGGAGUUGGAUGGCGACGAGCUGGACGAUCUGCCCAGCUCUCGGGGGAACCAGUGGAAGGGCCCCAUCUCCCGCAAGGCGAGUCAGACCAGCGUCUACCUGCAGGAGUGGGACAUCCCAUUUGAGCAGCUGGACCUCGGAGAGCUCAUAGGGAAGGGUCGCUGGGGCAAAGUCCAUAAGGGUCGGUGGCACGGGGAGGUGGCAAUCCGACUUCUUGAGAUCGAUGGAAACAAUCAGGACCAUCUGAAGCUCUUUAAAAAGGAGGUGAUGAACUACAGACAGACCAGGCAUGAGAAUGUGGUCCUGUUCAUGGGCGCCUGCAUGGCUCCACCCCACCUAGCCAUCAUCACCAGUUUCUGUAAAGGGAGGACGCUGUACUCAGUUGUUAGAGACACUAAAAACACUUUGGACAUUAAUAAGACAAGACAAAUCGCUCAGGAGAUUGUAAAGGGAAUGGGCUACCUGCACGCUAAAGGCAUUGUUCACAAAGAUUUGAAGUCGAAGAACGUUUUUCACGACACCAAUAAAGUGGUGAUCACAGACUUCGGGCUGUUCGGGAUCUCUGGAGUUGUUCAGGAGGGGAGGCGUGAGAAUAAACUAAAACUUCCACAUGGCUGGAUCUGUUAUCUCGCACCAGAGAUUGUGCGCAGGAUGAGCCCAGGUAACAAUGAGGACCGCCUUCCUUUCUCCACCGCAGCAGAUGUGUACGCCUUUGGCACCAUUUGGUAUGAGCUUCAGGCUAGAGACUGGCCAAUCACCAACCAGCCUGUGGAAGCUACCAUCUGGCAGGUGGGGAGCGGAGAGGGCAUAAAGAAGGUGUUGGCCGAGAUCAGCCUGGGCAAGGAGGUCACUGAGAUCCUCUCUGCCUGCUGGGCCUACGACCUGAGAGAGAGGCCCACCUUCACCCAGCUGGCCGACAUGCUGGAGAAGCUGCCCAAACUCAACCGCAGGCUGUCCCACCCCGGACACUUCUGGAAGUCUGCAGAGUUGUAGCAGUCACUGAAACAUAAGCAAUGCAAAACAAAGCCUGGGUCUGCCUUGCAUGCUCCUGAAUCCUUAACUCUUACAGGAUUGAUCAAAGCAUUGCCUCUGCCUGAAACAGACACUGCUUCCACUAAUCCACAGUCUGAUCUUCCAUGUCUAACUGUUUUCUUGUUGGGAAGAGAGGAUCGGUGGACUGAGGUGUGGCGGGGGAGGGGGGAGGGGGGUGCUCUCCCGCCUCUCAUCUAAUAUCUCUUUGCCUUCCUUCUUGGUUUUGUUGUGUGACGUCGUCGGGACUCGGAGGCUUGUGAAUAACUGGCUUGUGGUGUCUGUGCUGAGACUGACUGGUGUGCUGUGGUCUGUGCCUGCUGAUGGCUGCCCUGUCCUCGGCCUGCUCACCUUCCCUGUGCUGCUGUGAUGUGGUUGUUCUUGCCAGGGGGAGCCCUGACCACACGGCUCCCUUUUUCUCUCUCUCUCUGAAAUACACACACACACACACACACACACACACACACACACACACACACACACACACACACACACACACACACACACACUGCUGGACGUCAAAUGAACCCUACUACCAAAUGGACCACUUCAUUCAUCUGUGUUUUCCCUGGGGGGUUGACGUGCGUUUGACAGGCUGCUUGAGUGAUGUUCUCAGACCGACUGCCUCUCAGCUCCUCUCCCUCCAUUUUUUAAUGGUCGUGUGACGGCAUGUGCUGAGAUGUUCACCUGCCCAUGUCUAGACACAAUAUGCACUUUGUCAACAGGACAAAAAUAAUCAUGAACUCUUUUGUUGUUGUUUAGUUUGGUUUUGAAUAGUCAUAUUUGCAGUGUUUUCUUUUAUUCUUCAGGGGGGUGUCAGAGGCUCAGACAGUGUGAUAUGCUCACUUGUAUGUUGUCUUAACCUGUUAAAUUCCCUGUUUAUUGGAUGCAUCUGAAAGCAGGGCACUGAUGACUGAAGACUUGUGUUUGCUAAACAACAAGGAAGGAAAAGGUGGAAUAUUCCCUACAUCAUUCACAAUCCACAUGGGAAUAGAAUAAAUGCUGACUAUUUAUGAUUAAAGACUUUUUAAUAAUAGCGUCCAUCCAUUGAAGUGUAAAGUGCACUUUAUAAGAAUAUGAGUUCUUUAGAAAGAUCCUUUUUUCAAGAAGAUGAGUGAUUUCAUUCUCUGCGCAAAAAAAAGAAAAGAUAAAUCAGGAACGUGGCGCAAAAGUGUCCUAUAUCUUCCUAAAACAUUACCUCUUGUGCGCGCUUGUGCAUACUGUUUGUUAUUGCUGGCCUCAGUUAGUGUGUGUGUGUGUGUGUGUGUGUGUGUGUGUGUGUGUGUGUGUGUGUGUGUGUGUGUCUGUGUGUGUGUGUGUGUGUGUCUGUGUCUGUGUCUGUGUCUGAGUCAGCGUACCGUGGGGUUGGAUUUCGUGAAAGAUUGCAGUAAAUGUUGUGUUGCAGAAUCCAAUGGUAUGUAAUGUACAUACAUUAUUUAAUGUAUAGCAAAUUAACAUGACUCUUCUAAUAUUUGUAUAAACAUUUUAUAUGUAAACUACAUCACAACAUUUUUGAAUAGGUACUGCUAUGGCUAUUACAGAUGUGUAUAUAUAUUUAUAUUUUUUUCAUGUAUAAAAUACUGUAUAAACACUGUACAAUUUUUAGAAUGGGCCAAUACAUGUUUUUUUAUGUUACUGUAAAAAUUCAUAUUUUUGUAUUGCAUGUGACCAUUCUGUACACGCAGUUUGUGUUUUCAUCCAUGGAAGACAAUAAAA